CAUUGUCCUCAUCAUCAUCAUCCCGUUUUCUCUUCUGUCCUGCUUCUGCAUCAGCUGGCAUAGAGGGUGAUGACACCGUGUCUUCAUUUUCAUUAUCCUCACUUUCAGAGGUGGUGUCUGACGGUUCAUUGCCUGAGUUGAGGAACCUGAAUCUCUUCCUGUUCAUCUCGUUACUGUCAUCAUUAUUUUUCUCCUCUCUUUGGCGCCUUCUGGAGCCAAAGAGACCGCUUUCAUCAGCUUCCUCUCUUGGAGGGCUCCUGGAUUCUUGAGGUUCUGGGAUGAUAGGUAUUAACUCUGGGACAUCAUCAUCAGAUUCGCUUUCAAGGUCGCUUUCAUUUUCAGUGCCAGAAUCAAUGUCACUUUCCCAGACCCACCACAUGUCAUCAGCAAACUGAUCUCCUUCCCGGGGCAGAUUAAUGUCCACGUUUACUGCUGGUAGAUGAAGACCUUGAUGGUCCCAGGGAUCUUCAGCUAAACCGGCCAGGUUGUUUUCCAUGUCAGCUGCUGGAACAGGUAGCCCUUCAUCGUCCCAGGGACCUUCUACUCCUACUGCUGGAUUUAAUCCUAUGCCAGCUGCUUGCAAAGCUAGGUCCACUCGUGCAAUAUCGUCAAUAUUCCCAAGCCCCAGAGUAUUAUAAAAAAUUUCUAUCACAGUUUCCAGGCUGAAUUCAUUGAACAGACCACGCAUUAUAGUAUCCCGGAGCAAACUCAUCUCUGGACCUACUGCGUCGUAAUGUUCAAAGCGCUCCACUAAAUGAAGCAGCGGGCGAAAUCUUAGCUGCACAUCUAGAAACAGAGAAAUAUUUUAUAGUGAACACUCAUGAUGAGAGAACAGUCCACAAAUUCCAGUUGGUGCUAUAUUACAUGCAAUACAGGCGCACCUGAAAACUAAGUGCUAAAAACUACAUAGGUGAGGUUACUACUGUAUGCACUGCAGUUCUGAUGAACUUAUUAGCUUUGAAUAUCAGGUUUUCCUCAGGCCACAGUCACUAUUAUAAAAUACUACAAAACUACUUAAUCUUACUCUUUCCCUUUACAAAAUAAUUCAAUCUUAAAAUUAAACUGAAAAUAGCAUGCAGCACCAGCAUUUAAAUAAGCCCGUGAAACAUCCCUGCUUAGACAAAAACAUGUAUAUUCUCCAAUCCCCCAUUGGCGGUCACAAAACAGUUGAUGUACCGGGAGAAACACUGUACGAAACGGAGGUAUCUAGACUGUGUGACCGAGGCCUUUACGAGCAUGUGUUGUAACAAACUGUCAGAUAAUACAUCACAAAAUUGAAAUGCUUACUUUGGUUAGGGCCGUUGAUCUCACCGUCUCCGCUAUCCAUUUUAAAUAUGGUUCAAAUCCACUGGACUGGAGGAAAGUGAUCAGUAAGCUGCAAACUUAAACUGGCUGUUUACAAUUUUCACUGUAGUUAAAAUAGCUGAAAAGUUUAGAAACAUUUUCUGCUGUAGCUGUUAACACGCGAAGAAACUGCAAUCUGUGCUGCAAGAAACGCUGCUAAAUGUUUUUUUACAGAACGUUGUCAUGGAUACACGGGGUUCUCACGAUGAUUCGUGAAGUCAUACUGGACGUCGGAUUCAAAUGUGAUGAAAAUCAAAAGAAAACCAAUUACACACUUCAUACAAAGGAGAUUUUUUUUGGCAAAUACCGCACUGUUUGGCAGACGGUCUGACAAACUGGUUUCUAAAAACAAAUCCUCAGUUCAUACCAAAUACAUGUCUGUGUCAGUAAAAGGCAACAUUACAAAACAACGUUUUGCUUUUGUGGUGGUGCAAAGGCAGAUAACCAGUAAAGGUGACUCAAUGGUGUUGACAGCGCCACCUGGGGAGGGAGUUACAGCCCAGGAGAGUUUACAGUAGCAAUAGUGCAAAUGUUGUGCUAGUUACAGAAGCCCACAGGCUCGUUAUUUACAAGCAGAGGUGAGGCAGGUCAAUUUCACAAAGCAAACUUUAUUGGACAAAACUACUAAAAGCAUAGCAGGAAAAAAAGAACCUCUUUAGGUAGCAGGGCUGGCAAUACUAAACUGUUAAUUAUAACACUUUAUUACCAAACAUUAAUUAAAAGGACAAAGUUCGCUACCACAGUGCUGCCCUAUAGUUAAAAUAGCAGCUCAGUAAAAUUAUUACAUAAAAUGGUGGAGACCGGCCACUUGGAGAGGCAACCUACAGGGAGGAAUGCCCAGGGGUGCCACCAAUUGCUCACCCGUGUCUUACUGCUAUCUGAAUGGUGCAUUAUACCCAUUUCCCAGUGUGUACACUCACUAUUUACAUUGUUGGAUGUAUUUAUAAUACAUCCAACAAUGUUGGCCAAAGUGCUACAAAUAUAAAACAAAGAGAAAACAGUUUAAAUUACAUAUAGAAUAUCUUAAAAUUAAAAAUGAUAUAAUUAAUAAGAAACAUUAAGAGACAUCAACAAGUCCUGCUGUGCUUAAAGCCAAGGUAAAUAGAUAUGUUUUAAGAUGUGAUUUAAAAACAGAUAAGGAAGGUGCCUGUCUAACAUGUAAAGGCAACUCAUUCCACAACUUUGGUGCUGCCAGCAAACGUCCGAUCCCCUCUGAGCUCACAAUUUGUCCUGAGCACGCUCAAGAGGAGCUGGUCUGCCGACCUGAGGGACCGGGAAGGUAUGUAUGGAUGAGGAAGCUCAGAGAGGUACAGAGGGGCAGCAAUUGACAAACAUUUAAAAACAAAUAAAAGCAGCUUAAAAUGGAUCCUAAAAUGCACACGCAGCCAGUGAAGUGAAUAUAAAACUGGGGUGCUCGCGUCUAUGAGUGCCAGUUAAAAGACGUGCAGCAGCAUUCUGAACUAGCUGCAGUCGAAAAACAGAAGAUCGACUCACCCAUAUAAAAGAAACAAGAACAAAUAUACUCUAAGAAACAACUCUUUUUAAAAACAUGAUUAAAAUAUAACAAACAAUUUAGAGUAAAAUACCAUAAAACAAGGAACCAGUCAAUGCCAGCACAUAAAUGAUUGUAAAACAACAAGACUACAACAAUACAGCAGCAGUGUGUAGGCCUGUAACAAAAGAGGGAAAACAGUCAUCCAGAGUCCAUCCUAUUAUAUGCCAUCUUACUUACCACCCUUUAACAGUUAUACAGAGUAAGCAAUUGCCAGGGGGAAGGAAUCUGGUCUGCAACAUUUAACAGCCUGUGAUCUUUGCUGCCUUGAACAGGAAAGAGUGCAAGUUGCCAGAGCACAUGAGUGGACCACAGCUGUUCCUUAUAACUAACCUCUGAUUUACAGCUAAGGGAGGGGUGAAUGUUCAUGCUGCAUUCACAGACACCAUGUAUGACCCAACAUCCACCAAAUAUAACCCACUACACUUAGAAAUAAAUAUAUAGAAUGAAAUUUGCUGAUCAGAGUACUGCCUGUAUUCCUCAGCAGUAAGGUACACAUGAGCCUUCCUCUCCUACAGAUGGGGCGUGUUCCAAUACUUCAUUUUUGACUUGUAGACAUUAGUAUGCUCAUGAGGCUCUUUGAAAGUGAAACAAAACGAAAAUCAUAUUUGAGAUCAUAUUUGCGUUACACACAAAUCCCAUUUGUACAUCUCAGUUUAAGCUUGAGGGUCAAAUCAAUCAUACACUCAACUGUCUGACAGAUUGCUCUCUCCAGGCUGUUACCUCGUUGCUCCUGAUGGGGCAGCAAAGAGCGCAGUGACGGCUGCUGCCACCAGAGAAACCAAAAGCACUCUUCUCCCGCGUCACUUGUUGAAGUCUAAACCGACACGAAACUUGUGUGUGGGAUGACAUCAUGAUAACACCUGAGCAGAAGCAGUCUAUGGACACUACACAAUGGCACCGACGUCUUCAUGGGACUUAGUUUCUCUCUGAGUUUUGAAAGUGAAAGCGUCCUAAGUUCCGAGAGCGUCCGAGAUAACAGGAAGAGGGAGCGCCGGCUAAACGGCGUUUGUGUGUAAUAAACAAUAACAGUAAAUUAUAUUGUGUUGCUAUAAUUUCAAGAGUUACGCUGUGUAAACGUCUGUAAUGUAGACUCAGCAUGUCUGCCAAAGCCACCGUGAGGAGAAACAAAACAGCCAUUCAAACGAUUCUGUCCGGAGACUACAGGCUGAUCCUCAACAAAGUUUAUGAGAAGGAGCUGAUCAAUCAACGGGAGUACAACAGUCUUAAAAGUAUCAACAGGGAAGAUGCGGAGGGACACGUUAUUGAGCUCGUGGAUAAGAUCAUGAAUAAAGGAGACGAUACGUGCGGAGCUUUCCUGAACCUCCUGCAAACUGAUGAAGACAUUAAAAGUACUUUCCCUCAGCUGAAGGACUUACAACUGAAUGAGGCCCUCUUUGUACCCAGGCCGGUCGAAAUUUCUCCACCUCACAAUGGCGUCGAGUCAAAAGGUAUACAACAUGACUCCAGCCAAAGGGAAACGAUGUUCGACGACGGGAAAGGAAAAGGAGCGCAACAUGUGACGCAUAGCUUCCAGCCCUGUUCCAAAAGGAGCAGGUCCACGAAAAAUAUUCGGACUUUGUUGGACAUAAACAACGAACUGGAAUCUUCUGAGGUGGCAGCGCUUUGCUUCUUGUGUAGUGAUGUUGUCAGUAGGAAACAUCUGGAGGAGAUCAGGCAGGCCAAAGACCUGUUCUCAAGGUUAAGUGAAAAAGGUCUACUGGAGAACAAUACAUUCCUCAAGGAGCUGCUCCACACUAUCCAUCGAGAAGACCUCAUCAUACGCUUAGAGGCACACAGUGGAAAUCUAGAGGAAACAGAUGCUAGACGUGUCCUGUCAAACUUCAGAAUAAUGCUGUACAAAAUAUAUGAUGACAUGACUGUAGACGGUCUUGAAAGCAUGAAGCUUCUACUGAUGUCAAAGCUGGGCAAAAGACACCUUGAUCACUGCAAAACAGCGCUGGAUGUGUUUGCCGAAAUGGAAAAGAAAGAGUUGAUUUCAGACACACAUGUUGAUGAGCUGUAUGACGUGCUACUAAAGCUGGACGCAAAACUGGCGAAGACUGUGAAACACUACACCAUGAGUCGGUGAAGACUGUGAUGGACAGCCAGACACAGAGCCUGCCUUUCUUCAGCCAGGAGAUGGAUGAUAUCUCGACUGUCCUGGCACGUGUGAACAGGGAGAUCAACAGAAGAGAGUAUUUAGAUGCCAGAGCCCAGAUACACUGUCACCAAGAGGCUCAUCCUCAAAUAUGUGAGACCAAGUACAACACUGCAAGGGUCCCAGAUUUACACGAUCAUAGACAUUAUCAGUCUGGUUUGCAGUGUGUCUGUGAUUUUAUUUAUGGAAGCGUUUGUGCUUUUUUAUUUUGUCACAAUACACAUACAGUAUCUCAAAAAAGUGAGUACACCCCUCAAAUUUUUGUAAAUAUCUUUUCAUGGGACAACAUUAAAGAUAUGACACAAAGUAGUCAGUGUACAGCUUGUAUAACAGUGCAAAUUUGCUGUCCCCUCUAAAUAACUCAACAUACAGUCAUUAUUGCCUAAACCGCUGGCAACAAAAGUGAGUGAAAAUGUCCAAAUUAGAGAUGGUCCGAU